CUUUUCUUUCCGUUCUGUGUUGAAGCGGAUCGUCGCGGGGGAGACGGGGGAAGGAUCGCUGUCUGCGAGGCAAAUACAUCAAGUUCCCAUCGUUAGAUCUGCAGUGAGAGAUUUAUUGGAAGAAAACUCCACGACUGAAAGCAAACCACAACUGAAGACGGGGGAACAUCAACAAGUGAACCAGCCUGAGUACUGAGAGCAUCAACUGGAGAGAACCUUUCUGAUUCGGAGAUUCCAGUGAUUCUGUCAGCAGAAAGUUUGUUAGAUAGACCUGCGGUGAGAGAUUUAUUGGAAGAAAAACCUCAACUGGAAGGAAACCACAACUGAAAACGAGGGAAAAGCAACAAGAGAACCAACCCGAAGACUGAGAGCACCGACUGAAGAGAACCCAUCUGACUCAGAGAUACCAUUGAUUGGGUCAGCAGAAAGUCUGUAAGUCCUGUGCUAAAGGAUUUAUCGGAAGAAAAGCCCACAACUGGAAACAAAGAACAACUGAAGACGAGGGAACAGCAUUAAUUGAACGAGCCGAAGACUGAGAGCACCAACUGGAGAAACCCUGCGGACUCAGAGUUUUCCUUCAUUCAGUCAGGAGGAAGUUUGACCAUCACCCGCAGGCGGAGCUUUUCUACACCGGGAACAAAGAGUAAACAAGAAAACAACAACCAGGAAUCGUCAGUCGGAAUCAAAAUGUCUACAGCUGGGAAAUUAAAUCGGGUACAGAAAUUUCUCAAGAGGUUGUCACUAGGCAGCUCAUCCAGUGAGGAUGAUCGGGACACUGAAAAGAAAGCACCAAAGCAGGGUCAGAUUGCGAGCAAUGUCCCAUUUGAAUGCAGUCCGGCCGCAGAGGAGGGAGAGCAAAAUCAGCCCAGAGACAGUGGCGUCAGAGACACUGAUCAGGACCCUGGAACCAGCACAAGUGAGGCGACUGUCUGUCAGCCCAGAGACAGUGACGUCAGAGACACUGAGCAGGACCCUGGAACCAGCACAAGUGAGGUGUCUGGCUGUCAACCUGGAAGCUCAUCAACCAUGGAAUUGUCAAGUCCCCGACAAGGAGUGGGUCCGAGCUCAGAGAUCACCGAGCUCCUGGCAAACUGGGACGAUUCCCAGCUCCUGCAGUUGACGGACUUCUACCGGGACAGGCUGGAGCAGGCGAUGGAAGGAAGGGUGCACGGAGUGAGCCUGGCGUUAACGGCCGAGAAUCAGUUCAGUGAAGAGGAACAUCGGACAAUCUCUGAUCUGGCUGAUAAGGGAGAGCGGGCGGACAGUUCUAAACUCCUCCUGAGCCUGGUGAUGGAGAAAGGCUCCCUCGCCUGGAGGGUGAUGUGGGAAACCUUUGUGAAAAUGCGGAUUGGUGUUCCAAAGCUGGACAAAAUCCUGAAAGAAAUACAGGAACAUGGUUCUGUUCCGGUCCAUCGACCCGUACCGGAGAUUCCCAGUGAGCUGAAAGAUGUUCAACAGAAACACAAGGAGACUCUGCGGGCACAAACUGAAACACUGAGAGUGAACACGAUCCUGAUGAGGGAGAAGGUGAAGGUUUUCCAGCUGGUUGAUCGAUACGCUGAGCUCACGGUCAUUUCUACUGUUCGAGAUCGGAGACUGGUGGAACAUGAGCUGCUGGCAAGAGGCAGAGACCAUGAGGAAUGGAGAGAAACACAUCUCUGUGGACAGCUGGAAAUAAUCCGGACGGAUCAGUUAUUCCAGAGCAGCUUUUCCCGAAAUAUCUCCACAUCUGGGAGUUCGGCAGCAGUGGCCGGAGUCCCAGGGAUUGGGAAAACAACAAUGGUUCAAAAGAUUGCUUAUGACUGGGCGACAGGGAAAAUAUACCAACAGUUCCAGUUUGUCUUCAGUUUCAAAUUCCGGGAUUUAAACUCAAUUAACAACAGAAUAAACCUGAGGGAACUGAUUCUGGAUCAAUAUCCUUACUUUGGGAACAUCUUGAGAGAGGUCUGGAAGAACCCAGAGGGAUUGCUGUUUAUAUUCGAUGGUUUAGAUGAAUUCAAAGACAAAAUCGAUUUUGCAGACAGUCGGAGAGAUACAGAACCCAAGCACCAGUGCCCAGAUCCCGAGUGGUGGUGUGAAGUGUCUGACAUUGUGUACAGUUUAAUCCAGGGCAAGCUGCUCCCAGGGUGUUCAGUGCUGGUGACCACCCGUCCCACAGCGUUACAUUUAUUGGAAAAGGCGGAGAUCAGUGUUCGGGCUGAAAUCCUGGGAUUUGUUGGUGAAGAACGGAAGGAAUAUUUAUUUAGGCAUUUUGAAGAUCAGACAGUGGCGGCAGCUGUUUUCAAACACGUGAAGGAGAACGAAAUCCUGUACACCAUGAGCUACAACCCCUCCUACUGCUGGAUCCUCGCUCUGACACUGGGCCCCUUCUUCACAGAAAGAGUCACGGACCCGCAGCGAGUUCCCAAGACCAUCACCCAGCUGUAUUCCUACUAUAUUUACAACAUCCUGAAAAACCACGGCCGUGAGAUUGAGAACCCCCGUGAUGUGUUACUCAGGGUUGGUCAGAUGGCCUUCAGAGGAGUGUCCGAGAAGAAGAUUGUGUUUACAGAUGGAGAUUUGAUCAACUACAAUCUGCAGCCUUCUCAGUUCCUGUCCGGGUUCCUGAUGGAGCUUUUGGAGAGAGAGGAUUCUGCCCGCUGUGUGGUGUACACAUUCCCACACCUCACCAUCCAAGAGUUUGUAGCUGCAGUCGCACAAUUUCUGAUCCAAGAUGGCAGAGAUAAUAUGAAACAGCUCACUGAAGCCCACUGCGUGAAGGAUGGGCGGUUUGAGGUAUUUCUCCGUUUUGUUGCUGGUCUCUCCAACCCAAUGACAGCUCGGGGUCUGGAGGAGUUUCUGGGCCCAUUUCCCAAUGAAACGACCUGCCAGGUGAUUGACUGGGUGAAGGAGGAGGUUAAACGCCAGAGUGGAAACAUAAAGAAUGAAGCUGGGAAAAGGAGUUUCCUGAACACAUUGCACUACCUGUUUGAGUCUCAGAAUCGUAGACUCGCUCAGGCCGCACUGGGAUCUGUGAAAACACUUUCAUUCUGUGGAAUGACACUGACCCCGAUUGACUGCACGGUCCUGUCUCAUGUCAUCGGACUCUGUGAUACAAUAAAACACCUCGACCUGCAGGACUGCCACAUUCAGUGUGAAGGAAUCCAGCGGCUGGGACCCGGGCUGCACAAGUGCCAGGAGUUGAGACUCGGUGGGAAUGAACUGGGAUAUUCAGGAGUGAAACUGGUGUCUGCAGCUCUGAGGAACCCGGAGUGUAAAAUACAGAAACUGGGGCUGAGUGAUGUCGGUCUCACAGAUUCUGGUGCCGAGGAUCUCGUCUCCGCUCUCAGUACAAACCUAUCACUGUCAGAACUGGACCUGAGUGGUAAUAAACUGCUAGCUUCCGGAGUGAAACUGGUGUCUGCGGCUCUGAGCAACCCGGAGUGUAAAAUACAGAAACUGGAGCUGAAACGUGUCGGUCUCACAAAUUCUGGUGCCGAAGUUCUCGUCUCCUCCUUCAGUACAAACCCAUCACUGACGGAGCUGAGCCUGAGUGUUAACAGUCUGGGCGAUUCCGGAGUGAAACGAGUGUCUGCGGCUCUGAGGAACCCGGAGUGUAAAAUACAGAAACUGUGGCUGUGUGAUGUCGGUCUCACUGAUACUGGUGCUGAGGAUCUCGCCUCCGCUCUCAGUACAAACCCAUUACUGAGGGAACUGAGCUUGAGUGGUAAUAAACUAAGAGAUUCAGGAGUGAAACUGGUGUCUGCGGCUCUGAGAAAUCCGGAGUGUAAAAUACAGAGACUGUGGCUCAGUAAUGUCGGUCUCACAGAUUCUGGUGCCGACGAUCUUGUCUCUGCUCUCGGUACAAACCCAUCACUGACGGAGCUGUACCUGGAAUUAAACUCGCUCACAGACCGAUCUGUCUCCGCUCUCCGCCGCCUCAUACUGACCCUCCCGAGUCUGGAGGUGAUCGGGCUGUACGGGAAUCAGUUCAGUGAGACCGGGAAGAACGAACUGGGACCUCUGCAGGGAGUUAGACACGGACUGAAAGUGAUCCUGAACAUCAGAAUGUGUGAACAUCCCCAUCACGGGGUGGCGUCAUUUAAGCCGAUUCCCCGCCCGACCCUUUAACUCACACCCUCCCCUUUAAAUCCCCCCCCCCUUAAAUUUAAUGGCGCGCUUCAGGCGUAAUUCCCAACGGUUUUAACGGAAGUGGUUCCUGUGUCGUUCGUUUCGCUCCCGCAUUGACGUUUUUCCGCCUGUAUCUGGCUCCUGUCCAGGAAAGCUGCUUUCGCCGGACAUUCGCGUUCGACUCCCCCAUGUGACACCCCGGGGAACGGCACAGACUGGAAGAUCCUGAGGAUGGCGAUUUUAUUUCUGGGACACCAGGGUCCUGCGGUGAGGGGGGGGGGUGAAUUUUCCGGGCGAGAAUCAUUUUGCUCCCUUUGCUGAUGGAGUGACCCUGGAUCUGCAGCGAUCCCGGACACGGCCCGAAAGUGUGAUUUUAAAAUCAUCGGUUCCCCGAUGCAGUGUGACGCUGAGAAACGGGACUCAUUGUUCAAACUGUCACUCCUUGUCGCCGGUCAGUUAAUUGUCUGCGACUGUGAGUGAGUCGGGAGCAGCUUAUUUAGUCCCGCACAUCAGAAGCUCACACAUUGUUUAGUUUACAUUUGUCAUGAUGAAAUCAAUAAAACGCUGUAACUUCC